AUGCUUUAUUGCCCACAGGAGUGGAGUGUGGUCGAUUCUCAGCACUACUUCUCCGUCAUAAAGAGCUGUCUGAAGCAGUGUGUGGCUUCUGCUCCUCAGAACCCAGGUGUGCUCGAAUCAGAGGUCCCUCUGUCCGCUUCCGGCCCCGAGGACGACUCGCAGUGGAAGUGUGUUAGCUUUUGCACAGAGGGCGAAGAGCAGAUAUUCUACGCAUACGAAUGGGACAGAACACCUAUACCAGUCGAUAAAAGACCCAAACAUCGGUCAGCAUUCAGCGUUAUAUUCCCUACCGAUUGUAUUAACCCAUGUGUUGAUCUGACCCAGGAAGCUGUUUAG